GCUGCCAGGAGGCUGCCAUUACCCCUAGGGCAAAAAGAGAGAGAGCGGAAUGUACGAGAGAGAGGGAGCGUCCCUUUGGUUUUAGCAUUUUACAAUUUUCCGCCGGAAAACUCCGCCGUUGGUGGAAAAGGACCGAGAGGCCGGUGUACCCCCUUAUCUCUUUUUUUUAAAAAGAGCAUAGUAAUUGAAAUAUGAGAAAUAAACAAAAUGUCUCUUGAUACUAACACUUGGAUUAGUAGGGAACAGCAGCAACAAGUUAAAGUUGUUGCGAAUGACCACAAGCAACUUUUUGACAAUGAUGGUCACCAACAGGCCAGGGGAAUCCUGAAGAUCCCCGUCAAACAAUUUAUUAUGCCUGCAGAAAGCAUUAAUAGAUUUACACAGACAUGUGUGGAAAAUGAUAAAGAGGUGAUGUUCGAUAAUAACAUGCAGCAACAACAACAACAGCAGCAGCAGCAGCAGACUCAACAGCAUCAUGUCACUGAACUUUACUCUUUACAGAAGAAAGAAGAAAAAGUGCCUACGACAGUGACUGAAUUCCCUUUUUGCUAUAAUGUAAAUAUGUUGCAGAAGGUACACCAGCAAACUGCGACCAAUGUCGGCAUCGCAGCGGCGAAUGACGAAAAGUACAGGUUUGAUGUUUCGCAGCCGUUUUCUUAUAAUUAUGCGCUUGUUAAUCAAAUGUCACUCGCAGCAGCAGCGUCGACUGCAACUUUUAAAUGUGAUGUGUGCGGUUUAGUGUUCGCUCACCUUUCCCUCCUCAACCAUCACAAAAGGAUACAUUCGAAUCCGACCACCGAGAGGAUAUACGUCUGCGAUUUGUGCGGCUCCAAUUUCAAUCAGGCUUCCGAUUUGAAAACACAUAAACAGACUGCUCACAAUACGGGUACAAAAAACAAGUGUUGUACAUCGUGUGGAGUCGAAAUUGAUGAUCUCACUAGUAGUAAAAAGAAAUUCAAAUUUCUCAAGUGUGAAAAUUGUGAGGACGCUUCAGAAAGGGAUUCGGGUUUUGAAGGCACUCAAGAAGUAGGCACUGAAACGGAAGAGCCGCCAAAAGGAAUCCAUCCAGUCAAAAGAAGGGGCAUGGGGACAGUUACUAAAUGUCAUAAAUGUAACGGUUCUGGAAUCCUUUUUGUUGGCGGUGUACAAAAUCAAGUGGAAAAGCCUUUUCACUGUAACAUCUGUGACGGUUCAUUCUCUCGUUAUUCCUCUCUCUGGAGCCACAAACGGUUGCACUCUGGUGAUAAGCCUUUUAAGUGUGAAUUCUGCGGUUUGGCCUUUGCGAGAGCCGCCUACCUCAAGAAUCAUGGUAGAGUCCAUAGUGGAGAACGACCUUUCAAAUGUGAAGUCUGCGGUAUGCAGUUUUCACAAGCGCCGCAUCUUAAAAACCACGAGAGGAUCCAUUCUGGGGAAAGACCGUACGAAUGUGAAAUCUGUAACAAGACGUUCGCCAGGCACUCGACGCUCUGGAACCACAGAAGGAUCCAUACAGGGGAAAAACCAUACCGUUGUAACAUCUGCGGCUCUGCGUUCAACCAAGCGACUCACCUUAAAAACCACGCCAAAGUCCACACGGGCGAAAAGCCUCAUCGCUGCGAUAUCUGCGAUGUCGGGUUUUCGGACCGGUUUGCGCUGAAAAGGCACAGGGGGAUUCAUGAAAAAUACGGUCAGACCGCUCCGAGCAACCAGCAGCAAAACCAGGCGCAACAAGCCAACAUGGACCUGGCCGUGGCGCAACCCAGGCUAGAAGAACUUUAUAAAUGUGAUGUUACUGCUGGAAUAGCUUUUCCAGGCUGUUCCCGGCCUCAAGAAGCCAAAUAACCCUUUGGAUCAUUUUUGAUUUUCCUCAUGACUGAUAUUACCCCAAACCGUCUCUGUUGCAAUAAAGAUAAACUGGUGGAAAAUAUUCAAUAGUCAAUACAAUUAAAAAAAAAAA